AUGUCGCAAAUACCCGUCCCUGCUGGUCUCAUAGAAGACACGCUAGACCACACGAUCGAAAUUCUCGCCAAGCAAUUCGAACCCGAUGCUUUUCAACGCUAUAUCCUCCUGGAUGAAAUGCAGGGAUCAGGCAAGACGGAUAUUGGAGAGGAGAUGAACAAGGAGGUUUUUGCGUUCAUCGUGCCGGAUUUUAUCAAGGCUGGAGCGAGGUGUAUGACGGUUCCUGGAAGUGGGGUGGCUAGUGUCUGGACACUAGAAGAAAACUAA